CAGUGUCGCCUCAGUCUCACAGAUCUGGGGCCUGGAUGGUUGCGGCUCUAUCUAUUACGGCACAUCGGAUCGUUUUAUCCAGCUAGAGUCAUCCACCACGUCGGGGGCAGAGUAUGACAAACCAUUGUUCACCCAUAUCUCUGUCGGGACCGAUAACAUGGUUCUUGCAACCGAUGCUCAUACUGGUACCGUCUUCCGGCUUAAAAAGCAUCCAGCAUCAUCCCACCCUCCUGUCUGGACUGCCCUCCCAGGCACCGGUCCCGGAACAUCGCUUCAUAUGACCAGCUGCAGCCUCUCAAUGGCGGAUUACAUUGUUGGGGUCGCCCUUAAUGGUCAUGCAUACAGCUUCUGCAACGACAAGUGGAUCUGCAUGGGUGGAGGCGCAAUGUUGAACAGUAUUGACGUCGGGACAGAUGGAUAUGUUUUGGGAGUCGAUAGGGAUGGCGAUCUCUUUGGAUGCCAGCUUCAGAGCACGGUUGUUACCCCACGCAUGGUCUCGAGCCAAGGGCUGCAAUUGACCCGAAACAAUAAAAGCUACGAGGCUGGACCCGAAUCUCCGCAGGCACCCAACUUGCCAAGCAUGUUGACGACACCAAGGGUUCAGACGGCGUCCAAGAGACCGAUGGCUUCACCGCGAGAGCUCUUUGAGAUGGCUGGAUCAGAAAAGGGGUCAUCAAUAUCGCCGAAUCGAAACCGAUCUCCGACUUCAGAUAAAGCAACAGAACAAGCGCCCGUGGGCUUUAUGGCACAGCCCUCCCACAGCAAUUCUUAUUCUUCUCGAUACGACCUUGCAAGAUCUGAAUCCCAGCGGAGCAAGAGCAGCUAUGCGUCAGAUAUCGGCGUUGCUACGACGCUGACAGGGCUGGCCGUCUCUCAGGCUUCGCGGGACAGACCCGGUAUAGCGCCAACAGCCCUUGGAAACGCUUUUCCAAAACCUACGGGUAACGGAUAUCCCUCAACCAGGACUACACCGCUCAGAAUACGAACCACGAUGCUUGGGAGUGAUGGCACUAGUACUUCAGGCCGCAGUGCAGGAGAUUCAUACUUCUCAUACAAGCAUAUCACUCCGACCGGAGCCAGUGACGACAUAUCACUACUUGCGAGUUUAUUGCCUAAUGGAAAUCCAUAUCCAGAAAUGUCGCGUGUAUCCUCACAGAGAAAGUCAGACGGCUCUCUACGUUCACCCCUGGACUAUCUGCCUCUAUCAGCGAAUUCAUCCUGUGGAUCCAGACAGUCUGUGGAACAAUGGCAUAACAACAGAGGAGAUAGAUGCAAUGAGCAAAGUGGGGGCAAAGAGGAACUGGGUACUGAGGAUCAACCUGGGUUCUUCGAGAACGCCCCUCAACCCCUAGGCCAGGAAGUCGGUUCCGAGCCAUCUCAUGUGGAUUCAAGCGGACUGUGGGAUGCUAAUGAUGGUGGCAAUGUGGUCGCUUCUAAAGAGGAAUUGUUCGACAGCGAUAAUGCUCGUAUAGACUACGAUAUCCAUAGACGUAUGAUUAACUCUGAAACGCAGAAAAUCACAUCCCCAAAUUAUGAGGAACCAUCGGGAUCGCUCACCAAACCACUCAAUCUCCUCCGUGGCAAUGGCGCGCUCCCGUCUGACAAGACCGAGUGGAUAGAGGCUGGUGAUACAGAUGUACGAAUGGAGAAUGCGACCGAGUAUGUGAAUACGACUCGAGUACCCGUUCAAGGGUCCACAAGCUAUGAUGUUCUUCACCAAGAUAAGCUGGGUGGACAAGGGGUAGGAGAAUGGGGAGGAAGGGAUCGACUGGACAUGAACCAGGAUAAAAGGGAAUAUAGCGCGGCGUACCCUCAUAACAACAUCGACAUUCAUUUCCCUCUACCGCCGUUCCCGGAUCCCAGAUCUUCCUACACAACCGUCCAUAGCUCGGAUACUGCAGUUCAGGCUCGGCAGGUGCUAUCACCAGAUCGACGACAUUACCAAACAGCGAAGAUCCCCGCAGUAGGCAUCGGAUCCAUUUCUGGAGAUAAGGAGGAGCUCGAGAGCGAAUGGCAAGAGGAUCGAGGUCAGGAGCCAGCGUCGGUUUUGCUGCCGCAUCGACCCAGCGACGCUUCAGAAGUUUUGAUGCUUCAGCAACAAGAGUUUCUGCGGUUGACACGAUUAAACAGCGGUCCAAACACUCUACCUCCCAGCAUCCCUUUCAACGACCUUAAGGAUCGCAAUAACCAAGGUGACAAGGAAAGUUUAUCAGGCGAGGAGCGCGAACCCGGAUACUAUUCUGCUUGCCAUUCUUCUCAGGCCAGAAGUCCUUACGGAGCUCCCGCGGCCUACACGACCUCAGCGGCCGUUCCCAACGCAUCCUCCAAUCUGGAGAUGCACAAACUGCACAAAAGACGCGUCCCGCUGUCUUCGAACCAUUCUCAGAACACUAACAACAACAACAACAACAACAACGAGGAAAUACAGUCUCGCCCUUCAUAUUCAUCUUCGCACUUGCAGAGCUAUUUGGACUCGACUUAUGCAGCUCGGAACACAGAAGAGGCGCGAAAGAAGCGUAUGAGCACAACGGGAACCGGGCAGCAGCUGGAGUCUUUUUCGGAUGGUGGCGACCCAACUGCCGUGCAGGGCUACACUGUGACGGAUGGUGUUCGCCAGCAGCCUUCUCAAGCCGGUCUUAGUGCGACCCAGAGUAGGAUCCAGGGUGAGGAUGACCAAGGACGAUGGAUCGGCACCCCAACAACAAGUGAUCCUCGGGUUGCGCAACACGAUGUUGAGGUGCCCAAGUCCAAAUGUUGCACUAUUCUCUGACAUGUACUCAAAUAGUAAUCGUUGUAAACAUCAUGUG